AAAAGGACAAGUGGUAUAGUCAUGUUAAACUGUUAAUCAUGUUAAUUAAUUUGAUGAUAGUUGAUGGUGGUUGGUCCUCAUGGGGGUCAUGGGGGAGGUGCAGUGUAACUUGUGGUGGUGGAUCGCAGAGACGAUAUCGCAGCUGUACCAAUCCACCGCGAGAGUGGCCUGGAGAGGAUUGCCAAGGACUUAGGCGCAUGAACCAACCUUGCAACACAAAUCCUUGUCCAGUCAAUGGUAGUUGGAAUGAGUGGAGUGCUUGGAGUAUCUGCUCUAAAACAGUCAGUGGCAUACAGAUAAGGUUUAGAGAAUGUUCUAAUCCAGAACCAGCAUAUGGCGGGGAAAACUGUGAUGGGAGCAGAGCAGUUGUGAGACAAUGUAACAACACGUCCAGCUGCCGUGAAGAAUUUCCACUGCGCUUUACAACGGAGGGGAACCCAUCAGUUGGCACAAUGGAAAUCUACACAAACAGCAGCUGGCAAAAGCUUUGCAUCAGUAACUGGAAUAAAGCUGAAGAAGAUUUGAUGUGCAUGGCAAUGGGAUACUCUAACAGCAGUUACUAUGGAAGAUGGUAUGAAGACAGUGACAAUGAAUCAGAGACAUCUAUUAACUACAACUGCACCACCAUUCUGACAAAAUGUGGAGAACACUUCUCAAACAAAUUGCAAUUGUGCAAAGUUCCUGUUCGCUUGAAUGGUGCAAAUGUAGAGUAUGGUGGAAGAGUGGAAGUAUUUUACAAAGGGAAAUGGGGGAAAAUAUGUGCCAAUGGAUGGGAUUUCAAUGAUGUCAAAGUUAUUUGUCGUCAACUUGGCUUUGAAGAGGCUCUUGCUGAAUUCAUUGGCUCAGACGUAGAGGGUGAGAACAUUACUACUGUAAUGUUUGAUGUUUCUUGCACUGGAAAUGAGGUAGAACUUGCAUCUUGCACUCGCUCUGAUGGAAAGUUACAUGUGCCAGGUCAAUGUCAAGGAGAUGGCAAAGGUUCUCAAGCACUGUGUCAACCAAAGAACAAACAAGUAAUGGGGAAAAAGGAACUUUUCUUUGAUAUUGGUAGCAAUGAAAAUCUUCACUGCUCAAUACUUAACAAAACCAGUUUUGCAAUGUGGAUUAUUAAUGGUAAAAAGAUGCAAAAUCGAACUUCUCCUUCUGAGAGGGUCAAGACCAAAAAAGAUGGUGAGCUGGUCAUAGAAAAUGUGCAAUUGUCUGAUGGAGGAACAUAUGAAUGCCACAGAUUGGAAUAUGUUCAGUAUUACACAGUUUACAUUAAUGCAAGAUUCACUGAAAACACUCAAGGUGAGCAGAGCCUUAUUACAGACAUGUUUGGAAUUAUAAACUGUAGUGCUGAAGGGAAACCACCUCCACUGAUAAUUUGGAGCAAACAAGGAAGAAAUUUAUUGCUAUAUGGGGGAAGAUUUUCUCAAAUUCCCAGUGGCAGUCUACGCAUUGAUCCUGUUCAACCUGAAGACAAUGGAACAUACAUUUGUACCAUGAAACAGAACAAAGGACCAAAUAGGGUCACAAGCACACAUAAGAACAUACUUGUGUCUGUUAUAGUUCGACCAGAGGUGAGUGUUUCAGGAGCAAGCAAUCUCAUCAGAGAAGGAGACAAUGUGACUUUGACUUGUAAAAUCAUUCAAGGUCAGCCUCAGCCACAGAUAACCUGGCUCAAGAAUAACACAUUGAAAGGAAACACCAAGUUUCUCUCCCUCAAUAAUAUAAAAAAGGAAGAUGCGGGACUGUACAGCUGUGAAGUAAAAAAUAGUGGAGGCAGUUCCACUGGAAAUAUUUAUAUUACAGUUAAAGUUCCACCACAUUUAAGUCCUGACCUCAAGAAUCAUUCAGUUCCACUGAACUCCACAUUUACAUCAACUUGUUAUGUAAGGGGUGAUCCUCCAGUAUCUGUCAAUUGGACCAAGAAUGGAGAAGCUCUUGGUAACAACAACACAUUAGUCAUUAAGUGGGUGACUUUUGAUGAUGAAGGUAUCUAUAAAUGUGCUGCUGAAAAUGUGGCUGGAAAAAAUGACACCACCUUCUGGAUUGAUGUAACUGUGUCUCCUCAGAUUCUAUUGUCUCCAGUAAAGCAAUCUGUUAUCGAUGGAGACCCUGUCAACUUUACUUGCCAUGCCUCAGGUGUUCCAACACCAAAAGUGACCUGGACAUUUGCUGGUGGUAAACUUCCAUUUGGUAUUAGUCAAACCAAUUUUGAGGGAGACUCAUUCGUGGAAUCAUUUCUGGAAAUGCCAAACACAGCAAAGGAAAUGGAAGGACUAUAUGAGUGCACGGCAGAAAACAAAGCAGAUAAAAUAAGUUCUUCAGUAACACUUCAAGUUUUUGAAAAACCCACCUCUCAAAUAAGGCCAAAUCCACAUCCAAUACUCACUCCAGGUGAAGAGCUCACAUUGAAUUGCAUUGUUAAUAAGGCAACAGUAAAUAUCACUUGGAAAAAAGAUGGAGACCCAAUAAAAGGAAGGGCAGUAAUUGAUACCACAUUGUAUGAGACAACAAGUUCACUGCCUAUUUCAUUGGUUGUGGAGGAGGACAGUGGUGAAUAUUCCUGUGAAGCUCGCAACAAACCAGGCAUUUUGGCCCACUCCACUGUGACGAUAAUUGUCAAACUUCCACCACAGUUAAAUUCUGGACUCAAGAAUCGUUCAGUUACCUUGAACUCCACAUUUACAACACCUUGUUUUGUAAAGGGCAGUCCCCCAGUAUCUGUUAACUGGACCAGAAAUGGAGAAGUUCUUGGCAACAACAACACGUUAUUUAUUAACCACGUGACUUUUGAUGAUGAAGGUUUCUAUGAAUGUGUUGCUGAAAAUCUGGCUGGAAAAGCUAACUUGUACUUCUGGAUUGAUGUUACUGUGUCUCCUCGGAUUUUAUUGUCCCCGGUAAACCAAUCUGUUAUUGUUGGAGACCCUGUCAACUUUACUUGCCAUGCUUCAGGUGUUCCAACACCAAAAGUAAUGUGGACAUUUAAUAGCGAUAAACUCGAAUCGGGUAUUAAUCAAAGCAAUUUUGAGCGAGACGUAUUCGUGGAAUCAUUCCUAGAAAUGCUGCAAACAACAAAAGAAAUGGAAGGAACAUACAAGUGUACAGCAGAAAACAAAGCUAAUACAGCAAGUUCUUCCGCAACACUUCAAGUUUUUGAAAAACCAACUGUGGAAUUGAGUCCAAAACCAUAUCCAACCCUCACUUCAGGUGAUGAGCUGAGGUUAACUUGCAUUGUCAACAAAGCAACAGUAAAUAUCACUUGGAAAAAAGAUGGAGACGAAAUGAAGAAGAGAGAGGACAUCUUUACACAAUUUGAAGAGAAAAAAGGUUACCUGCAUAUUGCAAAGGUUGUGGAGGAGGACAGUGGUAUAUAUUCCUGUGAAGCUCGUAACAGACUAGGAAAUGUGGCCCGCUCCAAUGUAACAAUAAAUGUCAACUCUGCGAGGAGUCCAUCCCUGGUGUGGUAUUAUAUUGUUGGAUCAAUGGCUGCUGUCAUUGUUAUUUUGCUCGUAUGCUGGUAUUUUUGGAAGCGCCGAAGGACAG